UUGCUCCUUCCCAGCAGUCUGGAAACCUAUUCCUGUGCCAGUUGUCUUGAGUCGAGCACACAUCAUAGUGAUUUUCGUUGAAAAAUCGCAGUUAGUGCUGUUUUUUCCUGUCGGAAAAGUCGCAUAGGGCGUUUCGGUGUUGCCGAGAGUGAUAUCAUCAGGGAGAGAAGGAAGUGGCUCGAGGGUCAUCAUGUGGAAAAUUCUGGCCUACAGCUUAGGUCUGACUUUAGCUAUAUCCUUAGGGUAUGUCUACACAUGCAACGAAGCAGUGUGCGGCAGUGUCGUCAGCAAGUGCUUGCUAACACAGUCCUGCAAUUGCGAACUGACCAACUGCACCUGCUGUAAGGACUGCUUCAACUGUCUCAGUUAUCUUUUUAGCGAAUGCUGCUCCUGCGUCGACAAGUGUCCCACUAACACUGACCAAACUACGAAAAAACCCAACUUGAUUGAGUCUUACGUGGAAGACUUCCUGGAGCCUGUACCCGGACUUUUCCAGGCCUUAACUGAGAAGGCGGAUGAUCAAAAUAGGUGGAUCAGCGUGACUUAUCCAAUCGACUUCGAAGUUACGGAAUAUACCCCUAAAAAACUCGUCAAAAUUCACAUGAGUAAGUCGUCAACACACUCUGGAAGUGGUCAACUAGAUGAAAACUCAUUGAGGCAGUACUCUAUCGAGACUAACGAGCAGGAUGUGAUACCAAAAACGGACAUUCUCACACUAAAUUGCACAGUAGCGUUCAUGUCCCAAUGUAUGAGCAACGCCAAAUGCAAGUCAACCUGUAUAACCAUGGGCGCGAGCAAGUAUAGGUGGUUCCAUGAUGCUUGCUGUGAGUGCAUCGGAGAAAGAUGCAUCAAUUAUGGAAUAAACGAGAGCAGAUGUAAAGAUUGUCCAAUGGAUAACUCGCAAGAUGAGAUGACAGACGACGAAGAACCAGAUUAUCCUGAUGACGAUGAAGCCAACGAAACAGGGGCUAACGAUGAAAACGACUGAGAUGAAAUAAGAGACCUAUUUGGUAUAGGUCUAUCUAUGUUGUAUCUAAGACUAUGUAAAUAAUAACUACUAAGAUUACACAAUAUGCUAAAAAGCAAAUUGUUUGUUGAGAAUACAUCAUUGUUUUUAAAUUAACAAAAGAAAUAUGUACAAUAAACCUGAACAAAUACACACUUUGAACUCAAUUAGGUGUGCAUUGAUCUUGAAUAUUCAAUAAAAAAAAACAUAUAAUGUGAUAAAUAUAUGAUUUAUUGUAA